GAUUUAUUUUAUGUUUGUUGAUUGUGAAUUGAUGUAAUUGGAAUUAUGACGGAAAACAUCGAAAUUCGGACUAUUGUGGGUAAUAGGAAUUUAAAUACGGUCUCAGACAGCCCUGUUACCGAUCCAGCAUCUGGGGCAAAGGGAUUGGAAGGAACUAAUGCCUUUGUCAGCCAAAGAUCUAAGUUGGACCCCAAAUCUUCUGGUGCUUUAAAAAAAUCGAGCAGAUAUCGCAGCCGAUCAUUAUCUGCUUCGUCAACCGAUUCCUACAGCUCUACCUCGUGUACAGGCAGUAGUUCCGACGACGAUGACGUCUCUCCGCGCGAAAAAAUCCAAAAAAACUCGGCGGGAAACUCCGAUUUUUGCGUUCGUAACAUAAACCAGCACGCCUUUGGUCGGCGUGAGAUCGAAAUCGCGGAACAAGAGAUGCCGGGAAUCAUGGCUUUGCGAAAACGCGCAACCGACGACAAACCUCUCAAAAACGCCAAAAUCGUUGGCUGCACCCACAUCAACGCCCAAACGGCCGUGCUUAUAGAAACCCUCGUGGCCCUCGGGGCCAACGUCAGAUGGGCAGCGUGCAAUAUUUACUCGACUCAAAACGAGGUGGCUGCAGCUUUGGCUGAGGCCGGGUUUUCGGUCUUCGCGUGGCGCGGCGAGACCGAGGAGGACUUCUGGUGGUGCAUAGACAAGUGCGUCAAUGCGGAGAACUGGCACCCGAACAUGAUUUUGGACGAUGGGGGCGAUGCCACGCACCUCAUGUUGAAAAAAUACCCGGCAAUGUUCAAAAUGAUCAAAGGCAUUGUUGAAGAGAGCGUCACCGGAGUCCACCGCUUGUACCAGCUGUCCAAAGCCGGGAAAUUAACGGUGCCGGCGAUGAACGUCAACGAUUCGGUCACCAAAACUAAAUAUGACAAUCUGUACAGCUGUCGAGAGUCGAUUAUCGACAGCUUGAAGCGCUCCACUGAUGUCAUGUUCGGGGGCAAACAAGUGGUGAUUUGUGGGUACGGGGAGGUCGGCAAGGGCUGCUCCCAGGCCCUGAAGGGGCUCGGGUGCGUCGUCUAUGUCACCGAGAUCGACCCCAUUUGCGCCCUUCAAGCCAGCAUGGACGGGUAUCGCGUGGUGAAGCUGAACGAGGUGAUCCGGAACGUAGAUAUAGUGAUAACGGCGACAGGGAACAAAAACGUGGUGACGCGCGAGCACAUGGACAAGAUGAAGAACGGCUGCAUUGUGUGCAACAUGGGCCACUCGAACACUGAGAUUGAUGUUAAUAGUUUGCGAGCGCCUGAUUUGACUUGGGAAAAAGUUCGUUCACAGGUAGACCAUGUUAUAUGGCCUGAUGGUAAAAGAAUUAUUCUUUUAGCAGAAGGAAGGUUAGUUAAUUUAAGUUGUUCAAGUUUGCCAUCUUUUGUUGUUUCUAUAACAUCAGCAACGCAAGCUCUUGCUUUAAUUGAGCUUUUUAACGCCCCAGCGGGGCGUUACAAAUCUGACGUUUAUCUUUUACCGAAAAAAAUGGAUGAGUAUGUAGCGAGUUUACAUUUACCGACCUUUGAUGCCCACUUGACUGAAUUGACGGACGAACAGGCUAAGUAUAUGGGCCUAAAUAAAGCUGGACCUUUCAAGCCUAACUAUUAUAGGUAUUAAAAAUAUAAAGUUUUAUCCAUAAUAAACGGGGUGAAGGAAUAAAGGAACACGGUAGCAUUAAGUCAAUGUUAGUUGUUGCCAGAUAGUUUAGCUAUAAUAAAUGCAGGAUUGAUCAUUUUUUAAUGGUUGCUCAACCAAUUCAUGUUUCAUAAUUUUACUGAAUCAAAAGUAUUAUUACUUAACACAAACAGUAUUUUUUCUGCUAGUAUUUAUUUACAUAUCUCAGGAUUUUAUGAAACAUUAAUUGUGAAAAAAUCGUUACGUUGUUUCAACUGUUGAUUCAUGGGUAAGGCUUCUGAUCUUAUUUAAUUUUAAUAAAAAUUGGCGCAAUGUUGAAACGCCUUCCCGUGAAUAAAAAUACGUUACUUACAUGUUUGAAACAAAACUCGUGCAUAUGUAAUCACUAUCAGGUCUAGUAUGUCAUUGUUUUAGUUGUAUUAAGUUACGUACUUAACUCGUUCUGGUUUUAUUAAUGGAUUUAAUAAGUGUAUCUGAUUGAUUUUGUGAUGAAGUCCAAUGGUUUGUUUGUUUUGUCUCAUCCCAGACGCUAGUCCAGUUGAAUUGAUACGCUUUUUAUUAAGUAGUGCCAACACCCUCUAGCACUAAAAUAAUUUAAAUGCAACCAGUUUGUUUAGCCGUUUUGACGUUAGUGAUUUUGGAAAGUAUUAUUUUAUAAUGAGGAUUUUUUACGGUCCUCCACAUUUUAAAUUAUUAUUGUUAUUGUCAAUAUUACGACAAAUUGUUACAAGUUAAUUGCUCUACUUGAAGAAAUUACUGAAGCAAUUAUACUCCACAAUAACUUGCCUUUAUCAACUUACAGCAGAGCAAUCAACAACUCUUGUUAAGAAACCGGAAUUGCGACUCUGUUUUUGAAGGCUGUUUUAAGGCUUUCAAAGACAGAAUUGUCACAUUUUUAAACGUACUUCUGUAUACAAAUUAUCUUUAGAUCUAUAUCUUUCUUUCGAUAUUUUAUUUUAAUCCACAAAUCACAUCAUUCACAGCGUGACCCACGGGUCCGCCGUCUUCUUCUUUCUAUGCCGUAAUAUAGAAAUUAAUACGUCAA